ACUCAGUUCCAAGUUUGGAGGUUUUAGCUGCCAGCCCUGGCCCAUCAUGUAGCUGCAGCACAGCCUUCCCUAACGUUGCAACUGGGGGAAAAAUCACUUUCCAGUCUGUUUUGCAAGGUGUGCAUUUCCAUCUUGAUUCCCUGAAAGUCCAUCUGCUGCAUCGGUCAAGAGAAACUCCACUUGCAUGAAGAUUGCACGCCUGCAGCUUGCAUCUUUGUUGCAAAACUAGCUACAGAAGAGAAGCAAGGCAAAGUCUUUUGUGCUCCCCUCCCCCAUCAAAGGAAAGGGGAAAAUGUCUCAGUCGAAAGGCAAGAAGCGAAACCCUGGCCUUAAAAUCCCAAAAGAAGCAUUUGAGCAACCUCAGACCAGUUCCACGCCUCCUCGAGAUUUAGACUCUAAAGCUUGCAUUUCUAUUGGAAAUCAGAACUUUGAGGUGAAGGCAGAUGACCUGGAGCCUAUAGUGGAACUGGGACGAGGUGCGUACGGGGUGGUGGAGAAGAUGCGGCAUGUGCCCAGCGGGCAGAUCAUGGCGGUGAAGCGGAUCCGGGCCACAGUAAACAGCCAGGAGCAGAAAAGGCUACUGAUGGACUUGGAUGUUUCCAUGAGGACCGUGGACUGCCCUUUUACGGUCACCUUUUAUGGCGCACUCUUCCGGGAGGGUGAUGUCUGGAUCUGCAUGGAGCUCAUGGAUACAUCGCUAGAUAAAUUCUACAAACAAGUGAUCGAUAAAGGCCAAACAAUUCCAGAGGACAUCUUAGGGAAAAUAGCAGUUUCUAUUGUAAAAGCGUUAGAACACUUACACAGUAAGCUGUCGGUCAUCCAUCGAGACGUCAAGCCCUCCAACGUGCUCAUCAACACCCUGGGCCAAGUGAAGAUGUGCGAUUUCGGCAUCAGUGGCCACCUUGUCGACUCAGUUGCUAAAACGAUCGAUGCAGGAUGCAAACCAUACAUGGCUCCUGAAAGAAUAAACCCCGAGCUCAACCAGAAGGGAUACAGUGUGAAGUCUGACAUUUGGAGUCUGGGCAUCACAAUGAUCGAGUUGGCCAUCCUUCGGUUUCCCUACGACUCAUGGGGGACUCCUUUUCAGCAGCUCAAACAGGUGGUCGAGGAGCCAUCGCCACAGCUCCCAGCAGACAAAUUCUCCGAAGAGUUCGUGGACUUUACCUCACAGUGCUUGAAGAAGAAUUCCAAAGAACGGCCGACGUAUCCAGAACUUAUGCAACAUCCAUUUUUCACCCUACACGAAUCCAAAGCAACAGACGUGGCAUCUUUUGUAAAACUGAUUGUUGGAGACUAGAAACAAUGGACUCGAUCGGUUGACCCUCCUGUGGAUCGGUGGGUUUACGGGGUGAAGCAAGUUCACUAAAACACCAACGGAAACUCUCCUUGAGAUAAUUUAACCCUGCCUCUCAGAAGGCUUUUUUCUCCCCAUUUUCUCCCCCCUUCCAAAAGGGGCCUUGGAAUCUAUAGUAUAGAAUGAACUGUCUAGAUGGAUGAAAUAUGAUAAAGGCUUAGGACUUACAAAGGUGAUUAAAUAUUUAAUGAUGUGUCCCAUGAGUCCUUAAGCUUCUCAGACUUCUCUUGUUCUUUAUGAAAAUGAAUGCAUUGGCCCUGGUCAAAAGGUGCUACAGUAGUGAUGAAAUUGUAAGUAGACCUGUAGUCUGUCCCACAUAUUAUUUUAAUAUUUAUGUUUAAGCGCUUGGUUGCAAAGAUUCCAUUUUAAUGCAAGGAGGGAGGUAGAGAAGACACGGUUGGAUUGUCAAUAUUUAUAGGGCUUUUAUUUUUUAAGUUCAACUGUGUCUGUGGUCCAGAAGAAAUUAUUUAAUAUGCAUCUUUAAGAGUAUUAUAAAAGUAUCAACAAGCAGCUCUUCUUGUGAAAUAUCUGUCUCCGCUGUUGUGGCUGCCGCAUGUUCUCACAUUUCUGCUCAGUCCUUGGUAACAACCAAAUAAUCUAGAUGAAGUGGUGAGGUGUCCUGGUCAGACUCUUUCCCCAACUGUGGAAACCAUAAAGUCACUUCUCUCACAGCUCCAAGAGUCACAGAUUUGGUUCUCUUGACAUUUGUGGUGUAGUAUUAAUGGAAUGUGGUUUGUGAAGUGAUUUUUCUACCACCUACUUUUCUGUGUGUGUGUGUGUGUGUGUGUGUGUGUGUCUAUUUGGUAAGUCCCACGUCCCGCCAAGUGGCUUCUUUGAACAUCUGUGUUUAGUAAGGAGGACAUUUGUCAGCCUCGAGGGGGAAUAUCACAUCAAACCACACGGAGAUUGGUUCCUGCUGCUCUUGCCCCUCCUACGACAGACAGACCCCAAGGAUUGCCUCGUAGUUCACGUCCUCUUUUGCUUUUUUGUUUUGUUCAGUGAAGAAGCCUUCCUGCUCAUGGCAGGGCUGCUGUAGAAGGGAAAGAAAGGCAGUUAGUUGUUCUUGGGUCUGAUGAGGAGAUAAUGCGGGGAGGUGAAUUAAUCCUGGGAAUGGACUGGCAGAUCCCAUGCAUUGACUCGAGGGCACAGCUUUCUUCGGCAGCAUGCAGGAGCUUGCUCCAUGGAGCAGGGCUGCCUCCACAGCAUGUUCCUAGCAGGCUGAGUAAGCAGCGAUCAAGAACUAUUCCUCUUGGCCAGAUAUGUCAAUGGGCUCUCUGAUUUGGGGCUUCAGGUUUCUUGAAGAUCAAGGAGUGAAGUGAUCCACAGGGAAAACACUACCAAUGAUAACCAGGAAGCAUCACUUUGGGACUGUGUUCCAGUAAAAGUUUAUUUAGAUAAUCAGGCAACGGGCUAGGUUUGGCCCCCAGGCCAUGGUUUGCCAACACCUGUCCUAGACCGUCAAAUCAAACCUCUAAUUGAUUAACUCUGUGUAUAGAGUUCUUCCAUUUAGUGAGUAUUUAACUCUGCUGCUGUUGAGGCAGAUUGGGAAGGUGGACAUAGGAAGAUGAGUUCGGAAAAGAUGGAGACUGUUGAGUCCCAUGAACAUUGCUUCUUGAUUUCCGCAGGUAAGUAUUCCAUCUGGAAGCCAAUGGGACAAUUUUCUUCAAACUAAAUUGAGUACCUGCUUUUUAUUUUUUGCAAUAAUCAAAAUAACUUACUCCCACUUGGAAAUGAAAGGCACACUUCUCUUAGACAUUAACAGCACUCUUGCCUCUUAGCUUUGCUUUUUGUUUCUCUCUGCGGUGUGAUUCAUGUGCAAGGAGAGUCAUGAACCUUGACGCUGAUCCUUUGGUUUCCCUUUUCCCUGCACUGUAUCAGGAUUUGAGACUUUGACAGGCAAUAUUUAACCUCAGAAGCAGGUAAAAUUCUUAAAAUCUUCCAACUCAUCCACCUCAUCUAUUUGACCAUCUUUUAAGAAAGUAAGAAAGAAUGGUUUGGGGUCAAAAUACUUAUUCUCAGUGUACUUGGAGCUCCAAGCUCUCACUGCGGCCAGGGACCUCUGCCUACCCCGUGAGUACCAUCUCUGGACUUGAAGAGAUGGAGCUGCUUUACCUUAAUCCUUUUCUUAAUCAGUAAAUUUCUAUUUUGAGGGGUCUAUGCAAAAGCCUUUUUUCCUGAUGUGAUUUUUUUGAGUUGCCAGCCCUGGUUGAAUUUCUGGGCCCUACAGCAUCUAGUGAAAGCUCUGUCUUCCCUAUGGGACAACAGCUGUAUAAUUGGCUUCCCCUUCUGUCCAUAUAAUUCUGUCUGUACAAUACCUGUAUCUUCCUUCCUGUACAGAUACAGAUUAUUUGUCUGCCAGUCACCCAAGCGGUCUUCGUUUUCUUACAAACCAUUACAACACAUCCUACUUAAAGCUAUCAUCUCUUUAUUAUUCAGAAACAUUUUUGCCAUAUCAUCAAACAAACAUAAAUCGCACUUAGAAUGACACUCAGAAACACCUCAAGAAAGCACGUUUAAAUAUUGGAUUUGGCCAUUUACCUACAAGAAUAUUUUCUCUUCACCUGGGGAAACAAAACCUGAAUUCCAGAGCCUUCAGAAUGAAACUAUCCUCUGGGAGAAGCACAUUGCCACCAGAUACAUCACUCCCUACCUGCUCCUGGUGUCUGCGGAGAGGAUGGGUCGUUUUUCUGAGGUUUAGAGAGUCACUGUUUACAGCUCUGCAAACACCAUUUACCGUUCUAGGUUUUCUGAUGGAGUCAUUGGAAUCAAGACUUAAGUUGGGGUUUAGUUUUUCAGUUUCCGACCCAAACUCCUUUUACAAGCAAAAUUUCUCUAAGAGCCUUUUUUCUAUCUGAAGUAAAGAGGACUUGGGUCUAAGUAGAAACACAAAGCAAGGUCGAUGACUUUGGGGUAGAGAUAUCUUUUUAAAAGAAACCAAUAUCUCAUUGUAACACAAACAUAUGUUAAUAGAAUUUCAAAACAUCCAGCCUACUUCCUUUGGACUGUCAGGUCAACUUCACUUUUGUCACUUGAACUAGGACAUUGAACCCUUUAUUCUUGGGAGAUUGCAGUUAGAUUUUGGAAGAUUUGCACUGUGUUUCUUUCUUACAGUUGUCAGCGUGGACAGUUACGGACAGUGGACAGUUCGUCGUGGCAUGCUCGGGUUUUCCCUGGCUUACACUUUUGGAUUUCUGGGAUUCAGGGUCUCUUUCAAGGAAUGAGGCUAACGCUCUUAUGACUUGGAGACUGAGUUUGGGGAAAGCAUGGAACAUUUGGGCCCUUACCUGUGUCUUAAGGUGGGAAACAGAACUUCCUAAGUUAUCCCCAGAGUCUGGCUUCAGCCAGGCCUCCCCGCCUUCUCUGCUUUCCUCGACUGCAUUUUCUUGCUGCUCCCCCACCCAUCCCAGAUGACCUGGGCUGACUUAGCGUGUGUGGGCAGGAACUGACCCAGCUGUUUCCAUACGUCAAAGCUCAGAAGCAGUGCUUCUACGUGGUCUGCCUACAUGGAUGCUGCUGUCCCCAGAUCUUGAAAAUGUAAGGGAUCUCUAAGGGAACUUUUCGCCAAACCCUCAUUCAAAAUAUUAGACCUUAUAAUAAAAUGUCCCUUUGGCCUUUGAAGAAGAGCAGCUGGGUUGGGUAUUUUCCCUCUUAAGUCAUGUUCUAUUAUGGCCAGAAAUGAGCAGUUAACAUCAUUUUGGGCACUACCAAUGUUUGUAUUGGAAUCUGCAAGCUAUUUCAACAAACAAGUCAGGCCACUGCCUCAGGGAUUGUCAUUGGACUUUGGGUUUAAAGAGGAACCGUGAAGUGAAAUCAUGUUUUGGGUCUGGGAAAAGAGAUAAAUGCAGAGAACAGUGUGAAACUGAGAAACCCAUGAAUGAGCAAGCUGAUACAAGGAGUUGGAAGACAGGUAUAUAUUCCUUAACUUAGUUUCAGUAUUACUACAGAGAUGAUCUCCUCUGGGAAAAAACCCACCAGGAAGCCAGACCUUUAUUUAUUAUUUCCUCUAAAAAGAGUGAACUUUAAGAAGAUUCAGAGAGUGGCAUUGACUUGGGUAUUAGAAAAUUUUCUCGUGUUUUCCUGGUGUUAUUGAUUCUACAGAGUCACCGUUUUAAAAUAUGGCACCCCGAAUAACGGUAAAUGAUUAGAGGGGUGAGACCGCACUUGGAGAGUAUGCAACCCAUCCAUCAGCUACCUUCUGGCUGAAGGUAAACAAGCUGAGCUGCUCGGUCUUUAGUUCUGGUGGCUUUAAGAAGGGGAUACACCAAAGGUGAUCUGAUGAGCAUACUUUUCCUACAGUGCAGAGAACUGUGAAUGUUCAUAGAGAUACACGACAGGUCUUUGCUAGAAGAGCUCAAAGGUAUAACUCAAAACAACACUCAAAGCUAGUUUGAAUUUCCAGAAGCAGUGAAUUGUGUGGAAAAGGCAUAGUUUUAUUUUCUUCCAAUCUCAAGCUUUCCGUCCCAGUGCUUGUUCAAUACUUGGGGAGUUAAGAGUCAAGAGCACAGAACUGGUUUAGUGGUGCCCCUGGGGUCUCUUGUGGUGAAGGGAAGGAGAAGAGAGUGUGAUGAGGGUCAGCCUUGGACAUCUGAAACCCCCAUCAACCUCCAUCCAGAAUAUUUGGCUACCAGUAUUUUCCCCUUCAACUGGAAGUCUCUGUGGCUACUCAAGGCUUGGGAACUUUGGAUGAAGUGACAACUUGAAUACCCUAAACAGCCCAAGAAUCUAGGGAAUUUUGUAGCCAAAGAUGUCUGUGAGUCCUUGGCUUUUGCCGUAUUGAGUAUGGUCAGAGAGGUUGGAGGUGGAAGGGCAAGAAAAGAGGGCCAUUUGUUUUCAUUUUUAACCCUGCAUCAUUUGAAAGAAAAUGCAUAUAGAUCCUUAAGUUGGUUAUUUUUCUAAAGGGAUUGAGAACAACCUGAUUUCCGUGACAAGGGUGGCACGACUAUUGGGCUCUGAAUGGCAGUGGUGGAAUUCCUAAAUUUCUGUAUUUACAGAGGCAGGAGCUGUCAUUUUUGUUCAUUGAUGUGUAGGAGAAAGUAAAGCUCUUUGGACAGUCUUGGCACACAGAAGGGGAUGAUCUGGGACUCAAGCGAACAGAAUUACUGUUGCUGGGUUUUCCAAAGAUUGCAGGUCGUGGGACGUGGUAUAGCCUCCGGGAGCUGAAAACUAUGAUGGCAUGUCUGUCGUGACCCAAGCAGGAGGGAAUGCUUGGACCCCAACAGAAUUGUAUCAGGUGCCUUCUACACACAGAGUCUCUGGUGAAUUCUGGUUGUGGUACGUUUGCCACUAAAGCAAAUUUAACAGCUGGGGUUGACAGCAGCCAUCUCAGAACACUGUAUGUGUAAAAGAGUCACACUGGGCAAUAAUUUGUAGAGUUCUCGGCCUAUCUCUGCAAAAGCCACCGAAGGAGGUUUCGAUGAAGAAAAUUCAGACAAUUCAUCUGUCAGAUUACUGUUGUGUGACUUACUUUUUAGUCCCGAAUUUGUUUUUUGAGUGAAGUGAUUUUCUACAUGAACUGAAAUGAUGAAAUGAUGUUUUACAGAACUAACAGGUAUUUUUAGAGGGGAAAAAAAUGUUUUCUUUAUGUAAUUAACUUCCAAAUUGGAACAUAUUUUCCAAUGUACAGAAUCAGCCCAUUGGGUCAUAUAAAGGUGAAAGAGGUAUUAGGGAUGUAGUUCAAAUUUUUAAUUUAAGCACAUGGACAUUUUUCUAUAUAUUUUGUGAAAAUCUCGAUGAGAUGCUAGAUCUAAUUUCUAUAUGGAAUUGAACUUUACAAGAAUUUUAGGAAAAUAGUUUGGUUUCCCUAGCUUCAUUAGUGUUUCAAUGUUCUCUCUGAGAAUGUUGCUUCCAUUUAUUGAUCGGGUCUCUGUAAGGAAAAAAAACCCCAUUUUUUUCCUUACAUCGUGCGAAUUUUAUGAUAGACGAUUCUUGUAUUUGUAUAUGUGACUAACUGUUUCCCUAUGUUGUACUCCAGAUUUGUGUUGACAUCAUCUUUAUUGUAAAGAUAGCUGUUGGGCGAGAGGAAACAUGCCUGGUUUUUAAAUUCCCUGACGCUAGAAUGAAAGUAAUUCCAUAUGCUAAUUAGGAGGCUCUGCUACCCUUUCCUGGUACCCAAAAUACUCUGGAAGGGGACUGGAGAGCUUUGCACCCCUACCCUUCAAAACCCACCUCCAACACUGCAUCUCUGGAGAGACUGAGAUGGAAGAGUGGCUACCACGUUGUGGAUUCCGUCAUCAGCUGGCAUCCCUCGUCUUUCCUGCCACGUGUAGCAGCUACUAGUUUCCCCUGGUGGGUGGAAAUCCUCUCUUGUUCAUGGAUUGCUAUGUCUCUUUCUUAUAAACGAGGAGGGCUGAACUGUAGAGGAUGGAUUUCAUAAGAAGUUCAAGUAAAGACCUCUGAAGGACAUGGGUGGAAUGUGUCCAUGCCUUUGGGGGGAAUGUUGCAUUUCUGUUCUGGCCCCAGGGACUUUUUGCUUGUGAGCUGCAGAGGCAAAGAAGGAGUUGGGGGGAUAUACUUAACUCUGCGUUUCCCCAUGUGGGAAUGUGUGGGGGAACUUGCUCGAGGUGAAACAUGCCUCGUCAUGUAUGGGGAAAGGGGAAUUAUGAAUACCAGUUGGUAACUUCAGUGAGGCUGCAGGGUUGUAUUGAAAAAUACCUUCUUGUGGGCAAGCGUGCCUUUGCUUUAUCGGCUUUGGUGGCUCCCAUGCAUUUUAAUUUUAGCCCAGCUUUCCCGUUAUCCAGGUUAUGUGCAUUUUUUUUUCUUUUGAACUACUGUUUGUUUUAAUUGUUGAUGUGACCUCAAAAUCCUGAAACCAACCAAAUAGCUGAUACGUGAGACUUGGGGUAGAUGCAAGUAUUCAUAUUGAUGCAGGUUACGUUUUUAUAGAGUUACCUGAAGUAUACUGAAUUGAGGGGUAACGUGGAUUUAAAGAAAUCAUGUUUGUUUUUAACAUUUGGAGAGGCCACCUGUCCUGGGUCCUUAUUCUUGAAAAAGUCAUCUGUUGGUAACAAGGAAUUAACAGUCAAUCAACAAGGAAUGAUAAUCGUUGCCAAAGGUGGGGGUGAUUUUGCCUCAUCGGUCAUUCUAGGGUGAAAUUUCCAAUCGAGUGUCUUGUAAGAAGCAUAACCUUAUGGCUUCCCUCCUCUUUCCUGAUCUAAGAGCAGAGUAAAGCAGAGAAGCUUCUGAUGUGCUGCAAAGUAGUUCUUUGAAUCGUAUUUUUGACCAAGGAAAUGGCCGAAGUGUUGAGCUAAGUGGUUAUGUGGCCUCCAUGGCAACUGCUCUGGCUCCCCUCUCACCACCUCCAAAGGAAAAGGAAACUGAGAGAUUGAGCCCAAUUUCUUCUCUGUUGACGCGGAGCUCACACUUUGAUUGCCCAUCUCAGGAUGGCCUUCGGUUUCACACCGCUGCGAAGAGGAAGGGACUGGGCUCCAGAUGUGUGUGCUUGUGUAUGUACAGCGUCCGUCACACACAUGCGUGUUGUGUCCAGUAUUGUGUCGAUCUAGGAACGGACUCAAACAACAAUUUGAAGAUGGAGGAGCCAGUGAUGGUGGCAAAAGACAUCCAACCCCUUCUCUUCGUCCAAGUGCUAGCUGUGGCCUUCACGGCUAGGACAGACAACAUAGGUAUUCAGGAACAAGGUGUCCUUGGAGGAAAUGCUGUGCUGACCUCAUGAGAAAAUGUACAAUCAAUAAAAGACGUCUUACAAAGUGCA